AUGUUACCUGCUACUCGAACUGCUCUCCUCUUGGCCCUCCUCGUUGCUGUCACCAUCAGCCCGCUUGGUGCUGUUGGCAGCGUCCAACACUCGAACUUGCCUUUAGACAAGCGUUCUGCUCUGUCCGACGGCUCCCAAUGCUGGACCGAGUUUGCCUCUGACCCUAAGAAUUGCCCCAUCGUCCAAGUCGCUUUCUUCGAAGACACUCAAUGCUCCCAGCCUCUUCAACUAGUCAAGACCACUCCUAAUGCCUUCAUCAAAGGAAACAAGCAGAUGCUGUCCGAGGGCGCCGUGGCUCACUCGGUCAAGAAACCCUUCGGGUCGAUUCGCGUCCUUGCCACAGUCGCGGACAUUGGUAUCGGCUUUGCUGUAGGAGAAGAGUCGGACACAGUCGUUCAGAACAUGGCUUUCAUGUCAGCUGCUGAAACACGCAAAGCCUACCAGAGCAAAUCCUGCGUCACCUUCCCUAACCUCGAGGUGGGUCGUGUCGGCGUCUGGUCUACGAGGUCCGAAUCGCUUCUCAACCAGGGAGGCUAUGUUUGGAACCCAUUUAACAUCCCAAUCAAAUCCAGCGCUUCUCAGUGCAACAAGCAUAACAAGCGUGUUGUUGCUCACGCCGAUCAGUACUCUGUUUGCUUGAAUGGCGUAUCCUGGGGAGGUGGAGGAGUGAUUUAUCUCUACCCCAACGACGACUGCUCUGGGCGCGCCAAGAGGCAGAUCUACAGCACUGUUCAAUGCACUCCGCUCGCCGCAGACGGGUUUAAGUCCUUCAAGGCUGUUUCGCCUCAGGGCGACACAAUUAAUCCUAUCUUCAGCCCAAGCUACUAUGACUUUAACGGCGAGACGGGUUAUCAUGCAUGCUCUCAAAAGGGUGUUACUGAACAGAAGUGGAAGCCUGGACAGUGUCAGAAGUUUGGCAACAGCAUCGCGUUUGCCGGCGUCUACGGUAACGACCCGGGCAACCCUCAACCAGGUCCUCGCCCAAACGACAAGGUCCUGAAGUCGAGUCAUGGUGGCAAACCUAAUCGCUCUCCUGCUCCGGGCUCGGGCCGUGUCAAGAACAUCUGA